GCUACAAUACCAAGUUUGUUAGUGUAAUGUGUUUAUAGAUAUAACCAGCUGGGGGCAAGAGUGCACGGGGGUAGUAGGUAGAGAGGAACUAGAGAGCUACCCGGUUGAAGCAAUGGGUUAAGACGAAGAAAUUAAAAAAGGGCAGGAUCAUCGUUAUCUAGCCUACUCCUUUUCUUUCACUCUGUGCGCGCGUGCACGGCAACCAAAUGUAUCACAAUGAACAAAAACAUACUCCCAAGUCCCAAUAGACGGGUUACAUAAACUAAAGAAAAUGCGGACUGCUUAGAAAGGAAGACCAAGAAACAAAGACGAACAGGGACAAGGCAACACCUUCAAACAUGGAGGUGGAUCUGCACGGACUGUUUGAGGAAAACAACACCUUCGACUAUGAUAAUUAUGAGUACAAGGAGAUCUGUCCGUCCAGCACAGUCUCUGGCGCUUUGGCGGUCUUCAUGCCCCUGCUUUACUCUGUGGGCUUCUUAUGUGGGCUGCUGGGAAACGGACUGGUGCUGGCAGUACUGCGGCUUAAGACGCUGAACCUGAGUGUGAUGGACAUCUUCGUCCUUCUUCUGAGUGUAGCAGACAGCCUGCUGCUGCUUACACUGCCCCUCUGGGCUGUAGAUGCGGUUAAGGGAUGGAUCAUGGGCACAGAGCUCUGCAAACUGUCUGGAGUUCUGUUCGAGAUCAAUUUCUACUGUGGUAUCUUCACGUUGGCCUGCCUCAGUGUGGAUUACUAUCUGUCCAUCGUUCAUGGAGUACAGCUGUUUUCUCGUAAAAAGCCUGUGGUGGUUUACUGUUGCUGCUUGAUCAUCUGUGUCCUCUGCCUGCUCCUGUCCAUCCCUGAUUUGAUCUUCCUCAGUGGAAGCACAGAUCAGGGUAAACAGGAAUGUAUUUACCAUUAUCCGCCUGAUUCCUGGCGUCUUGCCUCUCGUCUUCCACAUCUUUCGGUUUCACUGGUACUUGUGCUACUGUUCUGCUUUUCCAUCGUCCUGCUGAAGUUACGGCACAGCUCAAAGUGCCAGCAGAAGAAGAAAGGUCAAAGCACAGCUAUCAUUGCAGCUCUCGUACUAGUUUUCUUUAUCUGCUGGACACCCUACAGCAUUACUUUCAUUGUGAACACUUUUCAGUCAAAGGAUAGCGUCUCUUCAGCAGUGGAAGAAGACUGUGAAGGGAGGCAGUGGACAGCUAGCAAAAUAACAGCAGUUUUUGGGCUUCUCCAUUGCGUUGUUAAUCCUGUUAUUUACUUCUGUCUCUCCAAAGAGUUCCGGCAUCGCGUACUGACUGUGAUAAAAUUCAGUGCUUGUAAAAUGGAGAGUAAUGAUGUUUCGCUUUGGGACUCUAGUGGAGUAAAUGGUAAUGCUUCUGUCCAGGAGGAACAAGGUUCACUUCAACCUAUGAAUGAGAUUACACAAACAAUAAAAUCCCAAGUUCAUGUUAUUUGAAAGCAUGGAUCAUAAAACAUUCACUGAUGGACGUUCUGUAUCUCGUAAUUCCUAAAAUAUAUGGUAUGCAUUCUUCAUUUAACAUGUGAGCAGUUAGUAGAUAUCACUAAGUAUGAAAUAACCCGAUGAUGGCUGAUGUCCUUACAGGUUUCCGUACAUGUAUUCUGGAAAAUUCUCUCAUUAUGGAUGAUAAAGGAUGAAAUGAAAAAGAUGGACAUUAAAUGAAGAAAGAAGGGCAUGAAAUGCUGGCCAACUCAUUUGCACUUUAAUUCUGUUUAUUUUCAUCAGUAAAAUUAUCAUACUGGGAAUUUUUUUAUUUUAUCUGUUCAAAUGUUGUAUUUAUUUAGUUUUGUUGAAAAUGUUUUGGAGUAAUGUGCUAGAAUAAUGUUCUUAGUUAUGGACUGAAAUUAUCAGCCAAUAUUUGGCCAUUAGUCGGUUCUGUGCCUACUUGCUUGAUCAACAGAUAUCUUUAUUCCCACUCAAUUACAAAAUCAUUGUCAAUUUUGUACAUACAUGUAUGCGUAUAUAUAAUUACAAUAUGUGUAUAUUUAACUGUGCCAUUUAAAUUAUAUGUAAUUAUGUAACAAUUAUUGUAAUUUUAAUUACAAUUACACAACACAUGAAAUGUCACAUUUUACAACCAUUUAAACAUCGUCUAUGUUACAUUCAUGUCAUGUUACAUUCAUCUACCAAAUCUGUUGUAGGUGGGAGAAGUUGUUUUAAAAUUUGUGUCAAAAUGUAACAAGUAGAAUCAGUGGAUCUGCUGAUGAAUAAGAUUUUAUUUUAGAAUUGUGACUCCAAUGACAGGAAGUCAACCUGCUUAGCAGUUUCGUUCAGGUUUUUUUUUUUAGAUGUCUUCAAGUCAGUGGUCUCUGGAAGGCUGUUUCCUGUUACUUACAUAAGUGUUAAGUGUAUAACAGAACACAAUGCUAUUUUAAUGUUCCUCCCAAAUUCUUCUCUUCACUUCACUUCACUUCAGUAUUUAUGGUUAUUAAAGAGAAAAUAUAUUGAAAAGGACUUUAUUCAUUGGUCAUCAAAUAAUGCCGAGAGAAUAAUGAUUUGACAUAAUUGUGUGUAGUUUUCUGUGAGAUGGUGUCAUAAAGUAUUCUUUUCCCAUUUUGCAUAACCAAGUGUUCUUCUGAACCCUUUUGGAGGAAGUACUUUCUUCCUGUGAUAUAAUCAUAGCACUUUCUGUAUGGGGUGAAUUGGUAAUUGGGAAAGACCAUUGUUGGGAUUUUCAGAAAUAAUUUUUUUGGGUAUUGUCAUUAGUGGAAUAUCCCAUGGACAGAGAAGACAACGUGGUGUGCAAUUAUGUUCUAUUCUUUGUACUGUACUGCAAUGUAGUGUCCUUUAGAAAUACUGUCAGGAUGUCAUCAUCCUAAACAACAGAAGUGGCUGUCUAUAGUAGUGAGAGUAACUGAGCGGUUAGUACAUAUCUGUAAACAUUUUAAUACACAUGAUCCAUUCCAGUGACAGUA